AUGUGCACGCUCACCAACCACUCGAAACCUUCGACGGAGGCCAUCGAGAUCCUGAAGCUCUUCAAGAACUGGAAGAUGCUUCUGUUGGCGCCGGCCGCGUGGGCCUCCAACUUCUUCUACGCCUACGAGUUCAACAACGUCAACGCCGCGCAGUUCAACCUCCGGACGCGCGGCCUCAACAACGUCUCCUACUGGGCCGCACAGAUGUUGGGCUCCAUCGCCAUCGGCUACGUCUUCGACUUGGGCUUCUUGACUAGAAAACGACGUGGUUUUCUCGGAAUCGGCACCGUUUCCUUGAUCGGGACGGCGAUAUGUGGAGGAGGCGGUGGGCGCAGGGGAGGUGGCGGGGGGCGCCGAGGCGUGGAGGCGCAGGGGCGCAAGGGAGGCGGCGCCGCGGCGGGGGUUUCCGAUUUGAUUCUCCUUGACCUUGACGGCGAGGCGCGGCGAUGGGCGGCGAGGCGCCGGGGAGGAGGAGGUCGUCGAGGCGAGGCGGCGGGCAGAGGUAGUCGCAGAGUGUUUGUCGGGCCGUACGUGUUGUUCUUCAGUUACGGGCUAUUCGACGCCGUUUUCCAGAGCAUGAUCUACUGGGUGAUCGGGGCUCUGGCCGAUGACUCGGAGACUUUGAGCAGGUACGUUGGGUUCUACAAAGGGUUGCAGAGCGCCGGAGCGGCGGUGGCAUGGCAGCUUGAUACGAGGAAGGUUCCGAUGCUGACUCAGCUGAUUGUGAACUUGGCUCUCACGACGGUGAGCUAUCCUCUGCUUACGAUACUGGUGGCGUUGGCGGUUAGAGAUGAGCCGGCUGAUGGCGAAGAGCUGAAAACGAACAAAGGUUCGCAUCUGAUCAGUAACGGUGACACAGGCUUUGCAGAUGAUGAUGUUAUCAAGGAAACUAACUAA